UUGUCGCUUAAUGCGGUGACGGAGAACUUAUGCGUCCGAAAGGAAAGUCAGGAACCAACUUCGCAAAGUAGCAGGUUUUAGCCUCUUACUGGCGAUGGGGGACAUGAAGACCCCAGACUUUGAUGACUUGCUGGCAGCUUUUGACAUCCCUGACAUUGAUGCCAAAGAGGCCUUACAGUCUCGUCCAGAGGAAGAGCGAAAUGAGGAGGUUGGGACUAAUGCUGAUGUGACUGAGAGGGAGUCUCCGUCAGGCUUUACCUCCUCUCCUGCCCACCAUAGUAAUCAGCCGGUUAGUGUCAUUGUGAAGAACAAUGUGUUGUCUGAAUCUGUAGAAGAAGAAGAAGAAGAAGGAGGAGGAGGAGAAGAAGGAUGUGCUAGUGAUAAUACCCAAGUAAACAAUUCAUCAAGCAGUGGUGAAGAUUCUGAGUCUCAGGUCAAGUUGAGUGAUCUCACUUCAGGACUUGGCCCAAAUGAGGCCCCUGUGGAACUCCAGAUUGUCAAUGGCUUAGAGGGAUCUGCCACCAGGGCUCAGCCACAGUGUUCACCACUAAGGUCCACACAGAACACUAGUGAGAAAAAUGAGAAAGGAGCUGAGACUGGAUCAGAUAAUAAUACAAGCGAUGUCAUGGACACUUUGAAACCUCUCCUCUACCCACAGUCUUUAACUAGUGGUGGCAUCUCCGAACCUCAUAACAUCACCUCAUCUUGUCCUCCCUCUCCACACUCUGUCAGCCUGCACCAUCCUCCUCUCUCUCCUCAGAACGAGGGGACGUGUGUCCUCAGUAAUACACCAUCUUCGUCGUUACCACAAAAUGGAAACCUUAAAGCUGGAAUUAUGCUCUCAGAUGAAGAUGACUCAGAACCAGACUUAGGAGGACCGCUGGUGAUCCAGGAGAGCCCAGAGUCUGUAAUGACCCCUUUUCCCAAAUUUAAACGCAGAGUAAACCUUCGGUCAGAUCUGCUUGGGUCUCCUGAAAAAACAACUUGCCAUGUCUCAGAUCCUCCUCAUCUCUCUUCUUCUCUGGUAUCCAAAGAGUCUAAACCCCAACUUGAGGAGGAGGGGCAACCAUCCACCCCUAGGUCUCCCUCCACAGCAACUCAGCCACCAAGCCCCCGGGACUGCCUCCCCUCUGUCAGCACCAGCACAACAUUAGAUCAAGUAGAGAGAUACCCUGAGCAUGUGAUUGAGGAGAGGGACUCGCCGGAGAGCCCACCGCCCAGUGAGACAGGACUUUUGGUCUCCAACAGAAGCACCAGCUCUGAUUUGGCCCAAACAGCAGGUCUAACAAGAAACCCUAAGGACUCCCAUUGCAAAGAGGAGCUCAUGGAGAGUGAACACAGUCAAAAUGACUGGUCAGAGGUCACAGAGGAGCUGGCUGAAAAGGUGGAGACUGCAAAUGGGGAAAGUUUAAAUGAGGAGAGUACUGGUGCUAUAGCAACCUCUGAGGAUACUCUGUCUGCUAGUGCAGAAAUUAAUUCAUCCCCAUUGCGGCCCCUCAAAGUGAAAAUUAAGAUGCCCACAGGCAGCAUCACAAGGACCAUGACUGGUGUGGCUCCUAAAAAGGGUGGCAGAACCACUGCCAGGACUGCAAAGGGUUCUAAACCUUCAUCUGAUGGUCAUAACACAAGAUCCAAAAGGGGGGUGUUACAGCAGUCGAAGUCAAAUGCAGUGACCUCGCAACAGGAUACCUGUGCCACAACACUAGAUGGUGCCAGUACAGUCAAAGGAGCCAAGCUUAAGAUCUCCUGUACAGCUGUUAGCAUCACCAAAAAUACAGCACUGCCAUCUGUUGCUGCCUCUUCUAAAGGUAGCCCUGGAGGGAUCAAUCUACACAGCCUGGGUCAGAAAACUCUUAACAAUGGGACUGCACUACCUCCACCUUCACCUCUGCUUCCUCCUCAAAAUAGUAGCAGACCUGCUUCAAUUGUCAACAGCACAGGGGCAACCAUAUCCAAGACUCAGACCAGUCUUGUUGAAGCAUUCAACAAGAUCCUCAACAACAAAAACCUGCUGCCCACUUAUAAACCAGAUCUGGUAUCGCCUCUUCCAACAGAGUGGGGUCUUUCUCUGCCUGCUCAGGGAUACAGAUGUUUGGAGUGUGGAGAUGCAUUUGCUUUGGAGCAGAGCUUAGCACGACACUAUGAUCGGCGAUCACUGAGGAUUGAGGUGACUUGUAAUCACUGUGCCAAGCGCUUGGCCUUCUUCAACAAAUGCAGCUUACUUUUACAUGCAAGAGAGCACAAGGAGAGAGGCCUGAUCAUGCAGUGUUCGCACCUGGUCAUGAAGCCUGUAUCUAUGGAGCAGAUGAUAGGCCGACCAGAGCCAGCAGCAUUGGCUCCAUCAUCCUUUUUAGGGCAGUUCACCCCAAAUGCAGCACCUCAGUCACACAACAGGAAAGCAGAGGAAUUACAGUACUGCAGUAACAAAUGUCCAGAGUGUCAGGCUCAGUUCAGCAGUACAAAAGAGGUGGCGGAACACCUUCAAGAAAUCAAAACAGCACAGAGCUCUCCAUGCACGGAUUGUUCUCCUCCCAUGCUCUUGUCCAACAGCUGCUUUGCAGCAGCUCAUCAACGGAUUCACCAGGGAAACCCACCACAUGUGUGUCCAGAGUGUGGGGGCACAGCCAAGCAGCCACAGUUUAAAACACACCUGGAUGAAACCUGCUUACACUUUGCUCGUCGCAUUGGGUACAGAUGUUCCAGUUGCUUGGUGGUGUUUGGAGGUCUGAACUCAGUGAAGUCUCACAUCCAGCAGGCUCAUUGUGAUAUGUUUCACAAAUGCCCCAGCUGUCCAAUGGCAUUUAAAUCUGCCUCCAGCAUUCAGAGCCACAUCACUGCUCAACAUCCAACAUUGACCGAAGGACAGACCAUGUUGAUCUACAAGUGCGUCAUGUGUGACACUGUUUUUACCCACAAGUCCCUGCUGUAUUCCCACUUUGAUAAUCAUUUAGCUAAUCAAAAGGUGCAUGUAUUCAAAUGUCCUGAGUGCACCAAGUUGUUUUCUCAGAGGAAUUCUUUACUGGAUCAUUUCAAGACUCACAGGACUCCCAAAGUCAAACAAGAGUUGCCAUCGUCCUCAGCUGUUUCGUCCUCUUCACAGCCUUUAGUGAAGAUGGAGAGUUCGGAUGGGGAGGAAUGGAUGGAUAAACCUAAAGAAAAGAAAGUGAAGACGGAGAGGAUGAAGACUCCAUCAGGGUGGAAGUGUCUACCAUGCCAGACACACUAUACUGAACGAGAAGAUUUCAUCACCCAUAUGGCUGAACAGCAUGGCAAGAUCCUGAAGAAGUUUCCUUGUAAUAAAUGUGAGAGUUCUUUCACCACAACCUCUAGUCUGAGACGUCACAUCAGAGACAAACACAAAAUCUUGACUCGAGGCUUUCGCUGCCAGUUCUGCAUCGAGAGUAAGAAAAUAUUUAGCAGCAGAGCAAUGUUAGAGAGACAUGUUCAGCUGAGACACCACAUGGACACCAUAAGUCAGGAAACAGUAAUGGGAGGUCGAGACGAGGCAGACAGUUCUUCAGAACAUGAUGGCAGCAUGGUGGCUCGCCAGAGACGGAGAGCAGCUGUAAAGGCAGAGCAGGACGAAGAGUCCACAAACGGGCCCAGUCCAGUGAAGAAACGUCGGCCUUCAUCUGUACCUGCUCCCUCCUGCCUUCCAGAUUCAGGGUUUCGUUGUGCCCCUUGUGGCUUCACUACAGAUGACAAGGCACUGUUUCUGGAGCACAUCAGUCAGCACCGGAGAAGUGGGAUAGAGGGCGGAGGUCAACAGUGUCUGCAGUGUGGGGCUUGUUUCACAUCUACCUCCUCCCUGUCACGCCAUCGCUUCAUCAUCCACAAGGUGAGAGAUGCAUUCGCUGAUAACCAGGAAUUGCUCAGUGCACACCCUGCAGGCUCUCCCAGUAGCAGCAGGAAACAUGAUGAUAAGAGUUCUCAGAGUGGUUCUGCACCAGCAUCACCCUCCUUACCUCAGGGGAAGGAAGAGGAAGGUUCCUUGACCUGUAAGGUCUGUGGCAAACAAUUUGAAAAGACUACAGAUCUGAAUACACACUUCAGAACUCACGGUAUGGCUUUUAUUAAUGCAAGGAAUGCAGGGAAAACUUCCUAAGAUGUCAGAUUCAACAGGAUGUGUUGUCAGAGUGCCUUAUGUAAAGUGUGGGUUAACACAUGUACAGUAUGCACUAAAUUAACCAAAGACUGCUCGAACAGUGUUUCUGUGUGAGUAGAUUGUAAAACAAUCAAAUGUCAUUUUCACUGGUUGAGAUGAGCCUUAGCCUUAACUUUGGACUUCUGACACUCAGGAUCUAACACUGCAUUUCUGUAAUGAUACUAAUGUCAGUGAACUGACAUGACAACAUGUUAGUAAAGAACUGUGAAUGUUACCACCAAAUCCUACUGUCAUUAUAACUGAUUCUAAAUUAAUAGCGAUAAAAGCAAUUGAAUGUCACUGUCUGAUUGCAAUAUUUUUAUCUGUUGAGAGUUUUAUCAUUUUAAAAAAACGGUAGCGAUUCAAUGUGAUUAAGUGUCGUCAGCCCAGUAACUAUAAUUUGUAUACAGUAUGUGUAGAACUUCACUGUAUCAUCGGCCAUUUUCCAAAGUAUAUUGAAUAGAGUUGAAAAACUAUUCUAAAUUGUACUAUGGCAAAUUGUAAACAUUUAUAGUUAACUGGAUAUAACUUUCAAAAGCAUUCAAAUUUGUGUACAUUUAAAGUAAAAUGUAUUUGCGUCACGUUUUCAGAUUUGUUCUUUCUCUGUUAGCGAGAGAGAAGUUAAAUGAUGGGUUUGAACUUUUGGUAGGGGGCUCAUUUUAUAUUUUGCUCUAUUGGGACAUCACUGUCAAUAAAAGAUCAGUCUCUUUGUGAUUACAAGUAUUCCUAAUGUUCUUAGAAUAUGAAAACAUUUUGUUUUCUGGCGGCACUGAUGAAGACACAUUUAUUAAAUGGUUAUCCUGCAUAAUUGGUGUCAGAUAUCAAAGGAUGAUAGAACAAUAUGUUCCAGCAGGACUCGGUGAUUGUCAACACAAAUCAACUUGUGUUAUUUAUUGAUUUGCCAAUUCAGCUUCCACAUUAAUUCAGACUUACAUGAGACUGGAAUAAACAUUGCAAGUCUAUGUUUGUGUGUUGUGUCUUAGCACUAAGUCUGUUGACUGAGUUAAUGUCCUUGUAUUUACACUGCAGAGUCAAAAACAAACAACUCUCCCAUUAUUGCACUUGAGUGACCUGUCUGUGCUUGUAUGUACAUUCUCAGGACAUUAAUCAAUACUUACAUUUUGAUGUAUUUGAUGUAUUCAGCAUUUUUCUGUUUUGCAAUGACAAGAUCAUUUCUAACCAGAUGUUUAUAAAAAAAGAUCAUUAAAAAUGAUCAAUGGCACAUUAUCA